UAACCCCCCCCGGCCCCGCCCCUCGGGAGGUUGACAGCAGGAGGGAGGCGCGAAUGGGGAAGUCCGCGGGCGGGGUCGGGGGACGGGAGCUUCUGCGCGCGAGAAGAGCUGCCGCACGCGGGACGCCUGCGGCGCCGGGGACAGCGAGGGGAACAGGCGGCCAGGAUGUUUCUGGAGCCUCAGGAAACUAUGCCCCAGACGUCUGUCGUCUUCUCGAGCAUACUCAGGCCCAGCUGUAGUGCAGAGGUGCAGCCCGGCAUGGGGGAGCGAGGAGUCGGGGCCGACGGCUCUGGGGACCUCAUCUUCCAAGACGGACGCCUCAUCUCUGGGUCCCUGGAGGCCUUGAUGGAGCACCUGGUCCCCACAGUGGACUAUUACCCUGAUAGGACAUACAUCUUUACGUUUCUGUUGAGCUCCCGGGUCUUCGUGCCCCCACAUGACCUGCUGGCCCGUGUGGGGCAUAUCUGCCUGGAGCAGAGGCAGCAGCUGGAGGCCGGGUCUGAGAAGGCCAAGCUGAAGUCCUUCUCAGCUAAGAUUGUGCAGCUGCUGAAGGAGUGGACAGAGGCCUUCCCCUACGACUUCCAGGACGAGAAGGCCAUGGCUGAACUCAAGGCCAUCACCCACCGGGUCACACAGUGUGACGAGGAGAGUGGCACAGUGAAGAAGGCCAUCGGCCAAAUGAUGCAGGGCCUGCUGCUAUCCCUGGCUGCCCGGGGCCAGCUUCAGGAACUUCGGGAGAAGUUCCGCACACCAGCUGUGGACAAAGGGCCCAUCCUUAAGGCCAAGCCGCCAGCCACUCAGAAGGAUAUCCUGGGCAUAUGCUGUGACCCCCUGGUGCUGGCCCAGCAGCUGACUCACAUCGAAUUGGAGAGGCUCAGCAGCAUUCACCCCGAGGACCUGAUGCAGAUCAUCAGCCACAUGGACUCUCGAGACAAGCACAGGUGCCGAGGGGAUCUGACCAAGACCUACAGCCUGGAGGCCUACGACAAUUGGUUCAACUGCCUCAGCAUGCUAGUGGCCACUGAGGUGUGCCGGGUGGUGAAGAAGAAGCACCGGACCCGUAUGCUGGAGUUCUUCAUCGACGUGGCCCGGGAGUGCUUCAACAUCGGGAACUUCAACUCCAUGAUGGCCAUCAUCUCUGGCAUGAACCUCAGUCCUGUGGCACGGCUGAAGAAAACAUGGUCCAAAGUCAAGACAGCCAAGUUUGAUGUCUUGGAGCACCACAUGGACCCAUCCAGCAACUUCUGCAACUACCGCACCGCCCUGCAGGGGGCCACACAGAGGUCCCAGACGGCCAACAGCAGCCGGGAGAAGAUCGUCAUCCCCGUGUUCAACCUUUUCAUUAAGGACAUCUACUUCCUGCACAAAAUCCACACCAACCACCUGCCCAACGGGCACGUCAACUUCAAGAAAUUUUGGGAGAUCUCCCGACAGAUCCAUGAAUUCAUGACAUGGACACAGGUAGAGUGUCCCUUUGAGAAGGACAAGAAGAUUCAGAGUUACCUGCUCACAGCGCCCAUCUAUAGUGAGGAAGCACUCUUCAUCGCCUCCUUUGAAAGUGAAGGUCCUGAGAACCACAUGGAAAAGGACAGCUGGAAGAACCUCAGGACCACUGUCCUUAACAGAGCCUGAAGGUGUGGAUACAGCCUGCAGACCCACGAAGACCACACAUGUGACCUGAACUUUAAUCUUGUUGUGGCUGAGAUGCGGUGGCCUCACUGGUUGGGGUCUAUUUGUAUAUAACUUUUAUUGAAAAAAAAAAGGUAGUUAUUUCAUGCGUCAACCUUUGGAACAAAAUGGUUUUGUUUAUUUUAAAUACCAGGGCAGGGCCCUGGUUUGGGGAGGGGUGGGGAGUGUAUCAUGGGAGAUGGAUCCAUGAUAACAUCUUGGUCUAACGAAAUGUAGAUUUUUAUUUUCUACUUUUGAUUAUAUCCACAUCUUAUGAAAAAAUAUUUUAAAAAACCCAACCAAAACCAACAUGAGCCCUGCCUGCUUGGAUGCCCUUCCUGUUAGUGUCUCUGAUGUGGGGCUCGUGCCUUAGAGGGUACUGGGGGGCUGUCUCCUGCUCUGCUCUACCCUGCAGCUGGCAGCAAGCGCCGGUGGAGGUGCCGUGAAAGGUGGGCCCUGGGCUGCAGGCGCCUGUCCUCCAAACUUGGGCCAGGAGGUCCUAGUCUCCCAAGGCUCAGGGGGCCAGGAGGUCUCAUUUGCAUACUUUUGGAGGCAAACCUUUGAGUAUGGGCUUUCCAAAGUUUACAUUUUCCUUUUCCUUUAUCAGGGAUUUAUGGGGUCGGGAGGGGCAGGGGACCCUAACAGCAUAUUUUCUGUCGGAAUAUAUCUGGUGAAUCUUUCUUCAACUACAUUUUAGGAAAAAGAGAAAAUCUAAAAUAAUGUAAGGUGGGGGGCAGUCAUGGAAUUGUCAGUUUUCCAGCUGUCCCUGGAAGAUACGCUUAGCUGUAAUGAAGAACGUAUAAAGCAGACGUGAGGGUGAGGACUGCAGAGCUGUUUUUGAAACCCAGCUACAAAGUGAAAAGCAGCAGCUCCUGCUCUCCUCUGGGUGGGGCUCCCCUAACAGCAUCUGAAACACAGAAACGGAGCCAGGCCCGUAUGCUGGAGCCCACUCAUUAGCAACUGCCCCACAAUGGAGGUGUUUUCCACUCCCAACUCAAGAAGCACACUCCAUUUCCUGAGUUCCUGGCUGGGAUGGCGACUGCCCCACUCCGCUGAGAGAGGGAGGUGGGUCCUCCACGCUGACUUCAGCUCCCUGGCAUCGGGCUUGCCUUGUACCAGCGGGUUUGGAACUACUCACCCAUGUCUGUGUCCGCUGCCCUGGCUCCGGCAGGAGCCUCCAGUCGAGGCCUGGUUAGGACUGGUCAGUCAGUUGCUAAUUCGCACAGCUCCUGGGAGAGGGUGGAGAUGUGAAGGCGAGGCCUCGGGAAGAGGUCUGUGGUCUGCCUCUGAGGUCGCCUUCAGCCCGGGAGGAGCAAGAAUAUUUACACUGUAUUGUCACAGUGUUUUUGCACUUUGCAGAUGUCCUAGAUAGUACGUAUUGUAUACUGAUAGCACAUAUUACUUUGUUUAUGUAUUUGAGAUAAAGAAAGGCUUAAAACCUAAGAGUUUAUAUUUGGAAUACGAUACUAGAACAUUUUCUGUACUUGCAUUAAGGAGCUUUCCCAUUGUGUGCGCUUCACGGGGUCCUUACUUCUAAUACCUACCUACAGUGUCUGCGUUUGCCACUUUGUUUUCCUGAGGACACGCCUAACUGUGAUGUUUUGGUAUUUGACAUGAACUGUGAAUAUAAAGCUGUACUGUAAGCAGGGUGUCCAUUGUUGGUGUGACUGCACAUAUUCGCAUCAAUAAAAGAACAUGU